AUGCCCGCAACGAAAAUCCUCUGCGUUGCAGAGAAACCCGCUAUUGCCAAAGCAGUCGCUCAUCAUCUGGCUGGCGGUCGGGUAACCACUAAACCAGUCCGUGGUAACGUGUAUGUGAAGAACUAUGAAUUUGACUUCAACUUCCGGCCUUGGGGCAAUUGCUCGGUGACAAUGACCAGCGUCCUAGGCCAUUUGACUGGCUUGGACUUUGACAAGAAGUAUAAGAACUGGAGGUCGUGUCCUCCAAGCCAGCUGUUCGAAGCGGAGACCGAGGUCACUAUCGACAAGGACAAAACGGCCGUCGCCGAAAACAUCCAACAGCAAGCUCGCUUUGCAAAGAUCCUGUAUGUCUGGACAGACUGCGAUCGCGAAGGUGAGCACAUUGGCGGCGAGGUACGCGACCAAGCCAAGAAAGGGAACCCUCGCAUAACCGUCAAGCGGGCCAGGUUCAACAACACUGAGAGAGCUCAUAUCGUUCUUGCCGCUCAUGCCCCCGUUGACAUGGACGAGCGGCAAGUGAAUGCUGUUGCUGCCAGAAUAGAGCUCGACCUACGGAUCGGCUCUUCCUUCACGAGGCUCCAAAGCCUCGAGCUUCAGCCGCUGAGUGAUCAACUUCGGGGUCAGGUCAUAUCCUACGGCUCAUGUCAGUUUCCGACCCUGGGGUUCGUCGUCGACCGGUACAAUCGCGUCAGGAGCUUCAAACCAGAAACCUUCUGGUUGAUCAAGUUGAUUCAUGUCCGUGACAGGAUCAAAGUCAACUUCAGCUGGCAAAGAGUCCAUCUCUUCGAUCGAGCCGCUGUUACCAUUAUUUUCGAGGUGUGUCUUGACGCGAAAACCGCCAAGGUUACGAAAGUGCAGAAGAAGCCUACCUCAAAAUGGAGACCAUUACCUCUUACCACGGUCGAGCUUCAGAUGCAGGGCAGUCGAUUUCUGCGUCUUUCCAGUCAACAAGUUAUGGCGGUCGCAGAGAAGCUUUACCAAAAAGGUUUCAUCAGCUAUCCUCGUACGGAAACGAACCAGUUUCCCCAAGGGUUCGACUUCAACGCCAUCAUUCAGAGACAGACACAGGGCAACCCAUGGGCCCAGUUUGCGCAACACUUACUCGAUAGUGGUUUCAGAUCUCCACGCUCCGGUCGUCAUAAUGAUCAAGCUCAUCCGCCAAUUCACCCGGUCAACUUUGCUGCUUUGAACGUGCUCGAACCCCAGGAACAGAAAGUAUAUGAGUUCGUGUGCAGAAGAUUCCUGGCUUGUUGCUCAGAAGAUGCCAAAGGACAAGCUACCGACAUUGAAAUACUCUGGGGACAUGAGACGUUCCGUACCCACGGCCUUCUCGUCCUGGAAAGAAACUACCUUGACGUCUACGUAUAUGACAAGUGGGAGAGCAGUCAGCAACUCCCAGACUACACCCUUGGGGAGACCUUCGAGCCAACAGAAGCAAACAUGGUGGAUGGCAAGACUACGGCGCCAGGAUAUCUCACCGAGCCCGAAUUGAUCGCCCUUAUGGACGCCAACGGUAUCGGGACUGACGCAACCAUGGCCGAGCACAUUCAAAAGAUCCAAGAUCGAUUCUAUGUCAAUACACGGCCUCGGUCCGGCGGUGGUCGUAACUCUGUCCAAGAAUUCAUUCCAACCACCCUUGGCGUUGCCUUGAUCGAAGGGUAUGACAGUGUGGGCCUCGACGUCAGUGUCAGCAAGCCGUUUUUGCGUAAAGAAAUGGAGGUCAAGAUGAAGGCGAUCUGCGAGGGCCGGAAAACUCGGACUGAGGUCGUGCAAGAGAGUUUGGACCAAUACCGCGAAGUGUUUGUCAAGACGCAACGCGAGAUCCAAGUUCUCAAAGAUUCUGUGACGAAGUAUGUCGUGAACGGGGGAGCAGCAUGA